AUGGCCGCGCUCAAGGCCAUCAACUCCAGAGCCGAGGUGGCGCGUGCCCGCGCGGCGCUGGCCGUCAACAUCUGCGCCGCCCGAGGGCUGCAGGAUGUGCUGCGAAGCAACUUGGGGCCCAAGGGCACCAUGAAAAUGCUUGUGUCGGGAGCGGGGGACAUCAGACUCACCAAAGAUGGCAAUGUGCUGCUUCAUGAGAUGCAAAUCCAACACCCAACCGCUUCCUUGAUUGCAAAGGUAGCCACCGCCCAGGAUGACGUCACAGGCGACGGCACGACCUCCAACGUUUUGAUUAUUGCAGAGUUGCUGAAGCAAGCUGACCUGUACAUUUCCGAGGGCCUGCACCCUAGAAUAAUAACUGAAGGAUUUGAAGCGGCAAAGACAAAAGCCCUUGAAGUUUUGGAGGACAUUAAAGUAAAGAAGGAGAUGAAAAGAAACAUCCUCUUAGCAGUGGCUCAAACAUCUUUGCAAACUAAAGUUCAUGCUGAGCUGGCUGGUGUGUUAACAGAGGCUGUGGUGGACUCUGUUUUGGCUGUGAGAAGACCAGGUUACCCUAUUGAUCUUUUCAUGGUAGAAAUUGUGGAGAUGAAGCAUAAAUCAGAAAUGGAUACAAAGCUGAUCAGAGGAUUGGUUUUAGAUCAUGGUGCCCGCCAUCCAGAUAUGAAGAAGCAAGUAGAAGAUGCAUUUAUCCUCACUUGCAAUGUGUCACUUGAAUAUGAAAAAACAGAGGUGAGCUCUGGCUUCUUUUAUAAGACUGCAGAAGAUAAAGAGAAAUUAGUCAAAGCUGAAAGAAAGUUUAUUGACGAUAGAGUACAAAAAAUAAUAAACCUCAAAGACAAAGUCUGUACUAAUUCCAACAGAGGAUUUAUUGUCAUUAAUCAAAAGGGAAUUGAUCCACUUUCCUUAGAUGCUCUCGCAAAGCAUGACAUCGUCGCUCUCCGCAGAGCAAAGAGAAGAAACAUGGAAAGAUUGUGUCUUGCUUGUGGUGGAACAGCUGUGAAUUCCUUUGAGGACCUCACUCCGGAUUGCCUGGGAUAUGCUGGUCUUGUAUAUGAGUACACAUCAGUGCAUGUGUGUCAAUCACUUUUCUUCCCCAAAGGCUGUGUGGUUCCAGGGGCUGGUGCCGUUGAGGUGGCGGUGGCUGAAAGUCUUGCUGCGUACAAGCUCGUCGUGAGAGGGAGAGCCCGCCUGGGAGUCCAAGCUUUUGCUGAUGCCUUGCUCAUCGUCCCUAAGGUUCUUGCUCAAAAUGCUGGUUUUGACCCACAGGAUACACUAUUAAAAGUUCAGGCCAAACAUUCAGAAUCAAAACAACUUGUUGGCAUAGAUUUGAAUACAGGUGAGCCAAUGGUAGCGGCAGAUGCGGGAAUCUGGGAUAAUUACUGUGUGAAAAAACAACUCCUUCAUUCUUGCACGGUGAUUGCCACCAACCUUCUGCUGGUGGAUGAAAUGAUGCGAGCUGCCAUGUCUUCUCUCCACGGGUGAGGAGCUCAGCAUCACCCCUUCUGGAAGCUGAGAUUUCCUGCAGCUCACAGCCAACCACCAUUCUGUAGCCCAAGCUAUUAAUUCUCACACAAUAAAUACGGUUUCUAUUGGUUGAUCUUA